AUGUUACUUGCCACCUUACCCUCCCCUGCCCAGCAGGUGAGUGCAGAGUUCCCCUACCUCCAGGCACGGCCAAGGCGCAUGCAACCCCCACGGUACGAGGCAAGCGCGUUUGCUGGCUUAGACGACUUCAAUGGAGACGGCAUAACCAAUGCGGAGAAUCCAGCUUCGGGUGCCAGUUGUGACAGAGAAGACAACGGCAGGGGUCGACGACCCCAGGAUCAGCGGGGGAAGUUCUCCCAAAACCUUGGCAACUCUAGAAGCACAAAGCAGCGUGCCUCUGGUAUAGCUGUGAAGGCUGCGCAGGAGGCCAAAAAGGCCAACGACGAUAUGAGCUCGGCAGUUAAGAUAGCCUCCCAAAAAAUUAAGCUAGAGUAUGCCGAGAAGGCGGCCGCUGCCGCCAAGGCUGCUGAGGCGGUGCUAGCGGGAAAAGCUCAAGUUUUGGAGCAAUUAGAGCUAGAGGUGCGUGAGGCGGAGCUUGUAGUUCAAGAGGAGUCCCAGGCACUCUGUACGGCCGAGUCCAAUAGUCAACUUGCGGGGAAAGCAGCCUCCCAAGCCAAGGAGGGGCUGAAACUAAUCCUCCAAGGCUUGAAAGUUGCGCGGGAAAAUUUUGAGAGCUCAGAACAAGUGUCGAAUGGCUGUAAACAAUCGCUCGCCGAUAAGACAAACCUUCUAGAGGCGGCCCAGAAACGAGUGACCCUCUUGCUGCGCCAGUUAACCGAGGCUCGCAACGACUUUACAAAAACAAAACAGGCGGCACAACGGGCCGCUUGUGCAGCAAACGAGGCCAAGGAGCGCAUUAACCGACAGCGGCGCAGGACAUAUCGAAAGAGAUGGAUCACAGAGGAAUAGUGUAUAUGGCGUUAAGUUCAAUUUGUUCCACAUUUUCCCAUUCUUGUACUUAAAUGUACAUUUCAAUAAAUUACUAAUUCCAGGC